AGUUUACCCUGUGUCAGCCAAUCACGACAGAGAAUCCGAAGCGCUCACCGAAACGGUUACAUUUCAAAUUCAAACGGACGGAAACAGCGGAUCGAAAGGGACACAGGGUGAAGCUACAGAUUUGUUUAUACUAAGUAUGUCCAGGCUUCCGGUCAUUUUAUCGAAGAGAGUUCUCGCCCCCAGCAGCUCUGAAAAUUUGCUGGACAUGGCUCCUCUUCAGAAGAGAAUGCGUAAGGAACAGGAGCCCCACAAACCUCAGGCAGCUACAACCAUUGUAGGUUACAAGCGGCCCGCUGCUGCAGCAGCCAGAGCUCCACCCUACAGACCAAUUAGAGGUGCAGGAGCUGCCACGGUGGCUGCUGGCCCUUCCAGAGGAUUCGUGAAGCCGGUUGCUGCUUCCACUGCUCCCAAAGCCGGCAGCAGUAAACAACCUGCAGGAGCAAAACCUGGUGUGACUGGAGCCACCCGCCGCAAGCCAUGGGACCUGAAGGGGAAAGUUAAUGACAUGGAGGGUAAGAUCCGCAACUACCAGACCAAGUACAGGUCUGUAAACGAGGAGAACGAGGCGCUGAAGGACUCCGUGGCUCAAAAUCAAACCAAAGUGUCUGAGCUGGAGCAGGAAGUCGAGGGACGGAAGAGGAAAAUCGGUGAGUAUGAGGCGCAGCUGCAGAUGUUGUCUGGAGUUCAGAAUCAGCUUGAAGAAACUCGGAGAGAGAAGAACGUCCUCCAGAAGGAGCUCUCCAAUUUAGAGCAGAAAUACAAGGUCAUGGAGACGCUGCGGGACAGCCAGGAGACGGAGCUGCAGACUCUGAAGAUGAAGCUCUCUGUGCAGGAAUCAACGAUGACCCGACUACAGGCCAACCUGAGAGACAGAGAAGAAGAAAUCAGCUCCCUGAAGGAAACGGUGGCGGAGCAGAGAGACGAGCUUCACGCCGGGGAGAUGGAGCGCCGGCGGCUCCACAACACCAUCCAGGAGCUGAAGGGUAACAUCAGGGUGUUUUGUAGAGUUCGUCCACUAGAAGACGGAGGCCUGAGUAAACACAUCCAGCUGGCAGCCAGCGACAACAAGUCUAUAAUGCUGGCCAAAACUGAGGAGUCUCAUACGGGUAAAACGGCCGAGAUGCAGAAGAAUUAUCACUUCAGUUUCGACCGGGUGUUCGGGCCUCUGGCUUCACAGCAGGAGAUCUUUGACGAGAUCUCCCUGCUGGUGCAGUCAGCUCUGGAUGGGUACAACGUCUGCUGCUUUGCCUACGGCCAGACAGGAAGUGGGAAAACCUACACCAUGGAGGGAGAGGAAGUGGACGACAUGAGGGGCGUCAUUCCCAGAGCCGUGCAGCAGAUCUUUAGAGCCGGGGAGAAGCUGAGCUCUCAAGGCUGGGAGUUCACCUUCACUGCGAGUUUUGUUGAAAUCUACAACGAGACCCUGCGGGACCUGUUAUACUCCGGCAAGGCCAGCAAGAGGCCCGAACACGAGAUCCGAAAGACGGCCAGCAACGACGUGACGGUCACCAACCUGACCUACCAGAAGGUCUCCACCGAGGACGAGGCACGGCUCCGUCUGAGGAUCCUGGUUCUACAACAGAGACCAAAAUGUAAAGACUUACAGGAAAUCUUCUUCAUGUGGGCGGAAAGUGAGGUCACUUCCUCCUCCAAACAUCAGACAUGCUGCAGUCACAGCGCAGUAGAAGAUCCAUCUGGCAUAUGGAGUCCCCAUUGCUGCUCGGUGCGCAGAGAUGUCAGAACCCCCAAACUAAAGAGUGAGAAUCUUAAGCGUUUCUUCACCGGGUUUGAGACGAACCACCCUAAAAAAUGGAACCCCUUUGCAGCCCGGAACUUCCUUUCUACUCCGGAUUAG